GCGUUGUUAUAUACACUUUUUUGUCGUCUGCGAAGACGGAUUAAUUUUGUUACUACGAAGUUAAAACAAAUUAUUUAAAUAUUCGAGUGUUUGUCAAAAGUGAAUCAAUGAUUCAAAUAUAAAGUGUUGCAUAUUUUGCAUUACAACAGUUUGAAAAUCUUGCUCUAAGCAAGCAAAACGCAUUUUUUUCCAUAAUCGGAACGUGAAAUCAAAGCGUACGGGCGUCAGAUCAGACGGCAGCCAAAUUAAGGAACAAAGCUAAAAUGGUGUGAAAAUAUUACCGGAGACCGGGUUUUUAGUGUGCAUCGGUCGUUUUUAGCUGAGUGAUUUCGUUAAUUUUGCGUUUUCAUUUUCAAGAUUUGUUUUAUUUAGAUUGUGUUAAUUUUAAGGAAUCUCUUCGAUUUUUCACAAUUAAUACGUUUCACAUAUAUACCAGUAUAUAAACAAAAGGCUAAGUUAUGUCAUCAACCGCCAGCAAAAGAAAAGAAAUCUACAAGUACUUAGCGCCAUGGCCGCUAUAUUCAAUGAAUUGGAGUGUUCGUCCCGACAAACGCUUCCGUUUGGCGUUAGGUAGUUUUAUAGAGGAGUACAACAACAAGGUGCAAAUUAUCAGCCUCGAUGAAGAUACCAGCGAAUUCAGUGCUAAGAGCACUUUCGACCAUCCAUACCCCACGACGAAAAUUAUGUGGAUACCAGAUUCCAAGGGAAUCUAUCCUGACUUACUAGCAACCAGCGGUGACUACUUGCGCGUUUGGCGUGCUGGUGAACCCGACACACGACUAGAAUGUAUACUUAAUAACAACAAAAAUAGUGAUUUCUGCGCACCACUGACAUCUUUUGACUGGAAUGAAGUAGACCCGAAUUUAGUUGGUACCUCAUCCAUCGAUACGACGUGCACAAUCUGGGGUCUAGAAACAGGGCAACCCCAUGGACGAGUCUAUGUAUCUGGACAUGUUAAAACACAGUUGAUUGCGCACGACAAAGAAGUCUACGACAUAGCCUUUUCGCGCGCCGGCGGUGGACGCGACAUGUUCGCAUCGGUGGGCGCCGACGGCUCCGUACGAAUGUUUGAUCUGCGACAUUUAGAACAUUCGACCAUUAUUUAUGAGGAUCCAACGCAUACGGCUUUACUACGUUUAGCAUGGAAUAAACAGGACCCAAAUUAUUUGGCCACAGUGGCGAUGGAUUCAUGUGAGGUUAUUAUUUUAGAUGUUCGUGUUCCUUGUACACCAGUUGCAAGACUGAGCAAUCAUAGAGCGUGCGUUAACGGUAUUGCGUGGGCGCCGCACAGUUCCUGUCACAUAUGCACUGCCGGUGAUGAUCACCAAGCACUGAUCUGGGAUAUUCAACAAAUGCCGCGGGCGAUUGAAGAUCCGAUAUUAGCGUACACAGCCGCCGAAGGCGAAGUGAAUCAAAUACAAUGGGGCGCGACACAGCCCGAUUGGAUAGCGAUUUGCUAUAAGAAAGCAUGUGAAAUACUGCGUGUCUAGAAGAGGCGUACGUUAGCUUCGAAUAUACGCAUGCGCACAUACAUACGUCGACGCCUCACAUUUUCAACAGCAACAAAAACAACAACAACAACAAACAAAAUUUCUGUAGCGCCUCUGACGUUAAUUACAAGUAUAGUUACUUAUAAAUAUUUUUGAGUUUGACAGUUGCGCAACAAAUGUAAACACAUCAAUCCAGCGGCGUUGUUUUGCAGCUAGACUUGCUAAGUUUGUUCAUUUUAUUCAAAUAUGUAAUUGCCUGUAUUUAUUUGCUUUAGUUUCUAAUACACAGAUAUAACUUUUAAGUUUAACUUAAGCUUAGCAAAAGGAAAAAUACACACAAAUAAAAAUUGGA